AUGCUACCCUAUGCCUCUCUCCUCUGGCUGUCCACCUGCCUUUGGGGCAUUCGGGCUUUGGACCCCGAUCCUGACAUGAGUCUGAGGGACCCCCGUGGCCUGGCCCUGGCCAAUGUUGACUUUGCCUUCAGCCUGUAUAAGCACCUGGUGGCCUUGGCCCCGGACAGGAACAUCUUCAUCUCCCCCAUCAGCAUCUCCAUAUCCCUGGUCAUGCUGAUCCUGGGCGCCGGGGGCUCCACGAGGACCCAGCUUCUCCAGGGCCUGGGCUUCAACCUCACAGAGACGGCCCGGGAGGGUGUGGUCCACAGGGACUUCCAGCACCUCCGAGGCCUGCUGCUGGAGGCGGACACCAGCUUGGAGAUGACCACGGGCAACACCUUGUUCCUGGACCGCCAUCUGGACGUGCGGGCGUCCUUCUCAGCAGACACCAGGCGCUACUACGCACCGGAGGCCUUGGCCAAUUUCCAGGACUGGGUCCGAGGCAGCAGCCGUCCUAGCAAGUGCGUCAAGAACAAGAUGCAGGAGAAGGUUCCGGACCAGUUCCCAGAGCCGGACACCCCAGCCACCUUCACCCUGGUUAAUAACAUCUCCUUGAAAGGCACAUGGGCGAUCCCCUUCGAUCCAAAGAGCACCUUGGACGAGGACGUUCAGGUGAGCGAGGCGAGCUUAGUGAAGGUGCUGAUGUCACAGCUGGGAGCCGUCAAGCAGCUGAAUGACUCGCUGCUGCCCUGCCAGCUGGUCCAGCUGGAUUACACCAACAAUGGAACGGCCUUCUGCAUCCUUCCCCACCAGGGCCACAUGGACAAGGUCAUGGCCGCACUCAGCAGGGACACCAUUCAGAGGUGGUCCAAGUCCCUGAGCUUGGGCCAGGCUCAAGUGUCCAUCCCGAAGAUCCCCAUCUCUGGAACCUAUGAGCUCAGGAGCACCCUGGAAGGCAUGGGCAUCUUGGACCUGUUCACUGAGCGGGCGAACAUCUCAGGCAUCACUGGAGAGGCCCCACUGAAGGUGUGGAAGGUGGUCCACAAGACUGUGCUACACAUGGAUGAGGCGGGGGUGGGGGACCAGCCUCCCAGCGUCAUCAAAUUCAACCAGCCCCUCCUCAUCUGCAUCUUCGACAGUUUCACCUGGAGCACUCUCUUCCUGGGCAAGGUGACAAGCCCAACCUGA